UUUAUUUGCUGUCCUGUAUGGGAAGAAGAAAUGGUAACAUCUUAGUUGGAGGACCGAGAAGCCAUGAAUUCUAAGCAGCAGACAGUGAGACUAAGUGAUGGCCACUUCAUCCCUAUUCUGGGCUUUGGCACCUAUGCACCUCAAGAGGUACCGAAGAGUAAGGCUACAGAAGCCACCAAAAUAGCUAUAGACACUGGUUUCCGACAUAUUGAUUCUGCUGCUAUAUAUCAAAAUGAAGAGGAAAUAGGCACCGUGAAGAGGGAGGAUAUAUUUUACACAACAAAGCUUUGGGUUACUUUUCAUUGUCCAGAACUGGUGCAACUUUGCUUGGAAUAGUCACUGAAGAAACUCCAGUUGGAUUAUGUGGACCUGUAUCUCAUACAUUUUCCAACAUUUCUGAAGGCCAUGGAGAAGUGUAAGGAUGCAGGUUUGACCAAGUCCAUCGGGGUGUCCAACUUCAACCGCAGGCAGUUGGAGAAAAUCCUGAACAAGCCUGGGCUCAAGUACAAGCCUGUGUGCAACCAGGUAGAAUGCCAUCCUUAUCUCAACCAGGGAAAACAUCUCGAUUUCUGCAAGUCAAAAGAUAUUGUUCUGGUUGCUUACAGUGCUCUGGGAAGCCACCGUGAAAAACAAUGGGUGGACCAGACCUCCCCCAUUCUUUUGGAUGACCCAGUCCUUGGUUCCAUGGCAAAAAAAUACAAGCGAACUCCAGCCCUGAUUGCCCUUCGCUACCAACUGCAGCGUGGGGUUGUGGUCCUGGCCAAGAGUUUCACUGAGCAGAGGAUAAAAGAGAAUAUGCAGGUCUUUGAAUUUCAGUUGACUUCAGAGGACAUGAGCAUCCUUGAUGGCCUGAAUAAAAAUAUCUGAUACAUAGCUGCUUCUGACUUUAAAGGCCACCCUGAUUUUCCAUUUUGGGAUGAAUACUAACAUGAAGGCCUGUGGCCUGUGUCAUGCCUUGUGUUAGAAGUCACUGCAUAUUAAUGGUAAUGAGCAAGGCUGUUCAAAUGGUUAUGACUCCAUAUGUCACCCUAAGCCAUACUUCUGAACAAUUCUGGCUCUGGGAAUCUGAGUCACAGGCAAGCAAAGAAAAGAAGUAAAUAUUUCUUCUGUCUGAUUAGAAAUAAAAGAAUAAUUUUCUUCAGCA